AUGUUACUACAAUAUGAAAAUUAACAAUAAGGUUUGAGAAAGUUUAGAAAUGAUAUAUAAAUUUGUAUUUUUGAUAUACUAUAUUAAAUGAUAUAUUCAAAUGAAAUUUCAAAAACAUUUUAUUUUAUUUCAUUAAUAAUUGAAACAUUUUAAUUAUCUUAUUUUGCCACUUUACCUCAAUUCAAAUUUUAAGGAGAAGCAUAAUACAAAGAUAUUAUUGUCUCGAUUUUUAGAUAUUUUUCUUUUUAUAAUUUAAUAAUUUAAAAUAAUAAUCAAAAAAUUAUUUAUUAUGCAUUUCUCUAUUCGUUUUCAACUUUACAUAUUUUAAUCUUAAUUAUAUUUAUUUAUUUAAUAAGAUAAAAAUAUAAAUAAAAAAUAAGCCAUAAAAUAUCUUAGAAUAAAAUAAAUAAUUUAAGUAAAUAUUUAACAACUUUACUUUUUGGAAAAGGAAUUCUAACAAACACUUUCGGAAUAAUUCCUUUUGUUGAAAUAUACAUAGGAUCAAUAUAUUGUAAAUAAAACACAGAUAUAUAAUGUUAUAAAGGGUAUCAUUUAGUAAAUUUUUUUAUAUCAAUAAUAGGAUUUAUAAACUUUUUAAUAAUUACUUUAUUGUUAAUAUAUUUUUUUAUUGAUUUAAAUAUAUUCUCAAAAAAACCUUUUGCAUCUCCACUUUAAAAUUUAAAAUUAAUUCGUUAUAUUUAUAAAAUAAUUCUUCCUAUAUAUUCUAUAAUCGAUGUAGAUGGAUAUCUUUAGAAGCCUUUUCUUAUUAUAUUGGUAAUUUCUUAGAUGGUUAUUUUAUUAUAGAGAUUUUUCUCUUAAUCAUAUUAUGAUUUUUAAUUAUAAAUAUUUUAGAUAUUUCUUGACUUUAUAUGUUUUUCGUUUUCUUUUUACUUUUGUUUGAUUACAUUUGUUAUUAAUAGCAAUAUAUAUUUAAUAUAUAUAAUAUUAUAUAUACCUUUGCUUUUAUAUGCAUUAUAUCGACUAUAUUAUAAUUAUUAAAAUAACAUUAUCUUUCUUAAGGAUGAUAAUAUUAAGCAUGAGCAUUAAUUAUAAUAAUAUUUAAUUUAUCUAUUAUUUUUAGUUUAGAAUAUUAACUAGCCCUUAAAUUUUUUACAAUUAUUAAGCUUUUAGAAAAAUCAUUUAGAUGAUUCAUAAAAUAGAACUAAAGGAUUUUGUAUUAAAAUAAUAUCCAAAAGAGGUGAAUCCUUUGAAAAAAACAUAAAUAAAUGGUAUUUAUUAAUAUUUAGUAUAUUUGAAACAACUAUGGAUAAAUUUUAAAUAAAAAGUUAGGCGUAUUUUCAUUUAUUACUUUCUUAUAUUUUGUAUGAAAAGUUAGGAAAUAAAAUGCGUUCAAUAAUCGAAUUAAUAAAUUGUGAAACUAAACAAAAUAAUAAUUAACUAUUAUUUUCUAUUUAUUGUUAAAAAAAUAUUGUUGAAAAUGAACUUUAGGAAUUUGAUUCAAGGAAUUAGGAUUCUAAAAAUUAAGAUUUUAAUAAAAUUAUUGCUUUUUAAAAUUAGUUUGUUCCUUUUUUAGAUAAUAUUAGCUAUUCUGUCAAAUUACAUACAAUAUUUUGGUAAAUGUUAAUGUAAGAUUCUCCUGAUAUUAAAGAAAUAUUAAAAUUAGGCGAAAAUAUUUCAAAUAAUGUUAAAUAAAUUAAAAAACAAUACAAAUAAUUAUAAAAUAUUAACUCAAAUAAUGUGCUAUGUCUUCUUAUUUACGGAAACUAUCUCAAAGAUAUUAUUAAUGAGUAAAAUUAAAGUACUUAUUUAAUAGAUAAAGCUGAAAAUAUUAUAAAAAGCAUAAAUUAAUAUGAUGGGGUUGAUAAGCAUAUUUAUGGAGAAAAUAGUAAAGCUUGUGUUAUAUAAGUUUCAGGUAAUAUUGAUCAGACAGGAAUAAUAACAAAAAUUAAUAAUUAAAUAAAAAAGUUUUUUUUUUUCUUUAUAUAUAUUUUUUAUUUAUUUUUAAGUUUACUUGGUUAUGAAAAAAAAGAAAUAUUAAAUUAAAAUAUAGGUAAAAUUAUACCUAAAUCAUAUAGAGAAUCUCACGAUGAAUAUAUAUAAGAUUAUUUAAAUACUUCAUAAAAAAAAGUUAUAGGUAAUGAAAGAAUUGCUUCAUGUUUAAAUUCUGAAGGAUAUAUAACAAUGUGUCAUUUAAUCAUUAAAUAAUUUCCGAAUUUAGACUAUGGAAUUUAGUUUAUAGGUUUUUUGAGCAAAGCAGCAGAAAAGAAUUAUCAUUAUAUAUCCUAUAAUAGUUAAACAAGAAGCAUAUUAGGAAUAAGUAAUGGAUGUAAAACAGAAUUAGGAAUUCCUUUAUCUAUUUUCAGAGGAUCAUCCGAACUUUUUAUAGAUUAAAUAAUUCCUGGUUUAAUUGAUAGUGAAAAAAGUGGGCAAUUAAAUUCUUUUACAGGGAAAGAUUUUGAGUUGGAUACAAUAUUCAUAGAAAAUAAUUUUAUGAUAGAAUAAACUGAAGAAGAUGAAGAGGAAGAAGAUGAAAAUGAAAACAAUUUAUCUAAUGAUGAAUUUAAUAAUUUAUUAAAUUAAGAUAGAAGCAGAUUAAAUUCAGAAAGAAAAAAAUAAAAAUUCAGUAGCUCAUAAACAAAAAUAUAUGAAAAAAAAUAAUUCACAAAAUCAAAAAUAAUGGUAUUUUUAAUAGACUAAUUAUAUUUGAAGAAUAUAAAUGUAAGCACAAUAAAGUUUAAAUUAAUAAAAUAAGAAGAAGAUGAAAUUAAUAAAGAAAAAAGCAUAAUGUAAAAAGAUUAAAAAUAAUUAAAUACGUACGAAAAUCUUGAAAAGUUUCAAAAAGAUGAUGAAAACGAAAACGAUAAAGGGUAAAAAAAAUCAUUUAAAACCAUAUAUAAUAAAAAUGAGAACAAUUCAAAUGAAUAAAUUGUAGAUAAUUCUGCUGACGAAAAUAAUUUACAAAAUGAGUAAAUGAGGCUUUUAAAUGAAUUUAGGUCUUUAAUUUCAGAAAAAAAUAUGCCAAAGUCAGUUAUUUUUUUGUAAAGAUUUGGCAUUUUAUUAUUUAUUUCUCUCACUUUUUUAUCUAUUUCUAGUCUUUUCUUUAAUUAAAAUGAUAAAAAUAAUGCUUAAGAAGCUAUAGAUGCUAUAUAUACAGUUUUUUUAAGACCUAAAAUAUUAAACGAAGUGAAUUAUUAUUCAACAAAUAUCUGGAUGUUAUCAAAUAAUAUACUUAAGUAAUCAUCUUAAAAUUAAAAGAUCAAAAAACACAUAUUCUAUAAAGAAUAAAUGGAAAAUUAUCUUGAAAAUCUUUAAGAAGUUUAAUUUAAAGUAAUUAAAUUUUAAUUAUAAAUAAACGAAAAAACUUCUUAGCAAUAUUUAGAUAAUAAAAAAUAUAAUAUAUAAUAAAUAUAAUAUAAUGAAUAAUAAAUUACAGAUUAAAAAUCAUUUAAUGAUGCUUUAUUCACAUAUAUACAAUGUGCAUCUUAUAUAAAGAAUUCAACACUAUCUCUUUUCUAAAUAGAUGAAAAAAUGUAAAUAAUAGACAAAAAUACAAAAAAAUAUUUUUAUUAUAUACAAUAAAAUGGACUUUAUACACUCAGAUAAGCUUCUGAAGAGAUUGCUUAAGAAUUUUAUACAUUUUAUUAAUAGUUAAUAAAAGGAUUUUAUUUUAAAUAUAAUAUUAUAUUAAUAUUGAAUAUAAUAAUAUACUUUUUAUGGUUAUCAUAUGUAAUUCCGUUUAUUUUUAAAAUUAUAUAAACUAACUUUAAAGUGUUGUCUCUUUUUGUAUAGAUUCCAUUAGAAAGUAUAAGCAAUCUAGAAAUAAAAUGUACGAAAUUUAACUAGUUAUAUUUAUAAGAGAAAUAUAUAAAAUAAUAAUAAUAAUAAUAAUAAUAAUAAUAAUAAUAAUAAUAAUAAUAUGAUAACAAUUUUUUAUAAAAUUAAUAAUUAUCUAACUCUAAAAAUAUGAAAGAAGAUUAUUUUGCUGAAUUUUAGUAACAAAGAAGUAUUAAAUUAUUAAAUUAAAAAAAUAAUUUCAAAGCUUUGAUAGUUAUUUAAUUUGGAUUUUUUUUCGCACUUUUUAAUAUAUUUUUUAUUGCUAGUUAUAUAUUUUAGAUAUAAUUUAUUGAUUCGUUAUAAAAAAUAAUAAUUCAUGAAAAAUUUAUUUCAUAAAGACCUACCUAUCUAUAAAAUAUAUUACUCUUCUCUUUUGAAGAAAUAAUUUAAUUGAAAAAAUAAAUUGAUAGCUAAGGAAUAGAUUAAAGAUUGUAAUUUAUUUAACUUACUUAUACUAAUGAAAGAAAUGUUUUUUCUACAUUCGGUUAAAAAUUUCCUAAGUAAUUUGAUAAUUAUGUUACAAAAUUUGAUUUAGUUGAUUCUUCAGAUAUAUGUACAAAUAUUAUUGCUUUAAAAGAUAAGAUCUAAUAAUGUACAUAAAUUAUAUCAAAUAUAUUAACGAAAGGAUUAAGGGCAGCAAUAGUUUUAAUAAUCGAAACAUUAAGAGAUAAUAAUACUGAAAUAGAUAGUAUGUAAAAAUCAUUAGAAAGUAUAAUAGAUAUCAUGAAUAAUGAAGAUAUUACAAUGAUUAUAGAAGAAAUGUAUUUCGUUAUUCCUUCAAUGGUUGAAUUAAAUGAUCUAUAUUUGGAAUAAUCAUAUCUAUAUUUGGAAAAAUAUAAAGAGACUUAUUUUAUAUAUUUUGGUACUUUCAUAUUUUUUUUAGUUUUUAUUUUUAUUUAUUUAUGGAUUCCAUAUAUAAGAAAGUUAACAAUUAUUUUAUGGAGAACUAAAGGAAUGCUUAACAUGAUACCAAUGAAUAUUAUAAUAAAAUAUACAUUUUUAAAAAAUGCAUUUUUAUCUAAAGAAAUUAUGAAUGCUAUUAAAUGA